CGCCCCUAGACUGAGAGAAGUAGUUUGUUUAAACAGUCUCAUGCAUCAAGCAGUGUGUGGAUAAAUGUACUCUUAAUUCAUUUAGUUCAUCAGCAUCAUCAUGACACAAACAGACAGAGACGCGGAGAACGGAAGAGACAGAGAGAAAGAGCAGCGCGGAGUGAAGAGACCCGUGGUGCCCGCUGCUGUACCAGAGCCGUUACAGGAGCAAAUUCAAGCCAACUUCAUUGUCGUGAUUCAUCCCGGAUCCAAAUCUCUGCGGAUGGGCCGGGCUACAGCCACCCUCCCCAUAAGCGUUCCUCAGGUCAUCGCCCGCAGACACAAACAGCCCGGUCAGCGCCGCUACGAGGACCAGUGCCUCUUACGAGAAGGACUGAAUGCAGCAGACAGUAAUGAACAGAGACAAAAUGGGCUAAAAAUGGUCGACCAGGUGAUCUGGUCCAAGAAAAUGUCCAACGGUGUGAGAAGAACCCCAGUGUCUGCAGAGCAGGCCAGAUUAUACAACAGACAAAUACGUGCUGCUGUGCUAGACCCAAACUCUAAAGUGAAGUGGACAAAUACAUCACAUCAGCCUGAAUAUCUGGUAGGAGAAGAGGCGUUGUAUGUGAACCCUGCAGACUGCUACAGCAUCCACUGGCCCGUCUGCAGGGGACACCUGAACAUCCACAGCGGGCCGGGCGGCUCUCUCACCGCUGCGCUGGCGGACCUGGAGACCAUCUGGUCUCACGCUCUACAGAAACUCCUAGAAAUCCCGCUGAAGGAUCUGAAGUAUUACAGAUGCAUCCUUCUGAUCCCAGACAUCUGUAACAGGCAGCACGUGAAGGAAGUUGUCAAUAUGCUGCUGGUUAAAAUGGGCUUCUCAGGUGUGUCACUAAAACCAUCUGCACCUGCUGAUCCCAUCACAACUGUGGUGGUGCAUCAGGAGUCGGUGUGUGCGACGUUUGGCAGCGGCCUGAGCAGUGCGUGUGUGGUGGAUGUUGGUGACCAGAAGACCAGCGUGUGCUGCGUCGAGGACGGCGUGUCCCACCGCAGCUCCAGCCUAACUUUAUCUCCUGUUCGGUUUGUAGCUGUGGUGGUGCAUCAGGAGUCGGUGUGUGCGACGUUUGGCAGCGGCCUGAGCAGUGCGUGUGUGGUGGAUGUUGGUGACCAGAAGACCAGCGUGUGCUGCGUCGAGGACGGCGUGUCCCACCGCAGCUCCAGGUUGUGUCUUGCGUACGGAGGCUCGGAUGUGACGCGAUGUUUUUUCUGGCUCAUGCAGAGAGCCGGAUUUCCCUUUAGAGAAUGUCAACUUGGCAGCAAACUGGACUGUAUUUUACUGCAGCAGCUCAAAGAGUCCUUCUGCCAUCUGGAUCAGGAUAUUUCUGGGCUGCAGGAUCACGAGUUUCGCACAUGUUUCCCUGAUUCCCCAGUGCUGUUGUAUCAGCUACGAUUAGGAGAUGAGAAACUCCAGGCUCCCAUGGCAUUAUUCUACCCUGCUGCGUUUGGGAUAGUGGGGCAGAAGAUGACAUCGCUGCUGCAUCGCUCUCAAGGAGACGCAGAGGAUGCACAUGAUGAGCACUUCCUCCUGACCACACAGAGCAAACAAGACCAGGUACAACUCUCUACAGUAACCUAG